AUGUCUACACUACACAAAAGAUUUACUCGGAAAUAUCCUCAUGGUUCAAAAAAAGAAAAUCAACCGAAUUCCUCUGAACCACAACAUCAACAGCAGCGACCAAUAUUUCUUGAUUCAUCAGAUCAAUCUCGGGCACUGUAUUUUUUGGGUUUAACAUAUCAUUUAAAAGCUAAAGAAUUGCUUGAUGCAACAGGUGGCGUUCUUGACGAUAAUGUUCGAACAUUACUCGACAAAGCCGUCGUUUAUUAUGAACAAAAUCUUGAUCUUAACAAAAAAUUGAACGACAAAGUGGCGGAAGGAAGAACAUUAGGUAAUAUUGGCAAUGUCAAUUAUUUAUUACAAGAUUACUCGACAUCGAUUGAGUAUCUUGAUAAACGUUUGACCAUUGCAAAAGAAAGUAAUGAUCGAGCAGGUCAACGCCGUGCACAUGGCAAUCUUGGCAAUGCCUAUUUAUAUUUAGAAGACUUCGAUAAAGCUCUUCAUCAUUACAGAGAAGCAAUGAAUCUUGGUGAAUUAAUGAACGAUGAAUCAUUUAUGGCACGAAUGAAUUUUACAAUCGGUCGCGUUUAUACUUUAAAACAAGAUUUUGAUACAGCAAUUUAUUUCCAUGAAAAACAUUUACAUUUAGCUCGACAAUUAGAAGAUUCGAUAGGACAAUGUCGUGCUUAUUUUGUUUUAAGUCAAUUAAAUGAAAAAAAUAAUCAACCCGCUAAAGCUAGCAAAUAUGAAAGUCUUUAUAAAGCACUUGCACGAGAAAUUGAUGAGCCAAAAGGUGAUACAAUCUCAAUGUCAACACGAUCUGCGCCAACAAACACUUUGCUCAAGAAUUUACGCACGGAUUCAAUUAGUAUAAGUCUAUCUGAGGGUAUUGGUACAAGUAAUCUUUCAUCAACUUCAUCCUCACAUAGUCCAUGUUCAGCACGCUCAAAUGCAAGUGGCGGCAGUAGUAUUACCGAUGUACGUUCCUAUACUGGCUCACACAAUAUGGCAACAAAUGAACAAUCGAUAUCAAAUAAAAGUAAAAAAAGCAAAGUAAAUUCGCAGAGUUUAAAAACAAAUUUAAUGCAUCACCUCGGAAAAAAAUCACCAUUAGCAGUACGAAAAGAAUCACUGCCUGCUGAUCACGAUGAAUUAGUUGAUCUUGUAUGUCGUAUGCAAAAAACUCGUUUUGAUGAUCAACGUUGUGAUUUUAAAUCAUCUCUUGACAAUAAAAAUGCCAUAAGUGAACAACGUCCGAGUGCUCAACUUGAAGAUAUAUUAAAUACUGUUGAUCGUUUACAACAGUUUCGUCUUGAUGAUCAACGAACUGCUCUUCCUCCUGCAGUCAAUCACGAUGAUAAUAACAAUAAUACAACAACAGCAAAUCCAAGUUUUUCGCCAGUCAAUGAACAAUUCUUUGAUCAACUUGCUAGAUGUCAAGAUUCACGUCUUGAUGAUCAACGUGCUGUACUUAUACCGAUACAAAAUCAGAAUACAUCUGUUGAUGAUGAAUCAUCAACACGACCAAAGCCAGCAUCAUCAGUAAUGUCAACAAUAACAACGACAACAACAACAACAACAACAACACUAGGAUCAUUAUCUAAAAAUUCAAAAACUUUGCCAGACGAUGACUUUUUUUCACUUCUCAAUCGCUUACAAUCACGUCGUAUCAAUCAACAGCGAACAUGUUUACCAACAGCCAAUUCCAAUACUCCACUUACAUCGCCGAAUUCUAGUAGCACACCAUCAAAACGAACCCGUGUAAAACAAUAA